GCGACUAACAGGCCGAGCGCCUCGCGCCGACACGCGCCCGCGAACCUAUACUCACAUGUUCGCCAGUCGCCGCCCUUUGCACCAAUAUACCACUCAGUUCUCAGCUACCCUUCCAGACUGAAUCCCUAAGCACGCAAAGCGCCCGACCUCAACCGGUGGCCCUAAAUAAAAAGUUUAUCGACCCUUACGCUACUGCCAUAACAACCCUUAUUCACUUCAGUCGUAGUCUCUCCCUCUAAUUAUUGACUCCCCUAAAGUUUGUUGAAAAAUACUACUCUCGUUUCGGCAGUUUUAUUGCUCUGAUAUUUUUAUAUCCUUGCUCUCCCAUAUUAAUAUUCACAAGUAAAGAUUCUACAGUUCUAUUGUUUUCGAAAUAACCGGCAGUGCCUUCUCCUUCGUUUCCGCGAUCUUUUAAUUAGUUUAUUGAGUUGACAAUCAUUUUUUGUUAAAUCGUUUACCGGAAAGCUUUAUCUUUCGAGGCUGCGUAAGACGAAGUUGGCAAACGAUUUUGCGUCACCGUUAUCUGUAAUCAGGUCAAUCAAGGCGCUGAACCAUGACUCUGCAUUGACAUUGGCGCGCUGGUUUUCCCUGUGUAAGUGAAUGUGACACUGGUGUUUGGACUUGGCGAGGGGACCCAGGUGUAGUGUAUGGUAGCGUGUGGACGCCGCUGCAGCGGAUGUGCACACCGCUGCCGCCCUGGUGGUUUGUCCCGACUGGAAUGCCAGCAGCCCUUGAGCUAACUAGAUACAAGAGCGGGGUGCGCUCAGUGAGGAGCGGGGGCGGCGGCGGCGCGGAGGAGGCGCGGCGCGGCGGCCUCAAGGCGCUGCCCAAGCGCGCCCGUACACGCUGCAGGGGUAUGAACAUGGGGCAAAAGCUAUCUGGCGGUGUGAAGUCGGUGUCGCGCGAGUGCACCGCGCCAUUCAAAGCUGUAGUCGCCAGAGAGCUGGCACCGGAAUCGCCUCGGCCAGCGCGACUCGACGCGUUGCUAGACGCGCCGCCAGCGCACGCUGACUUACAAAUUAAACACGCGUGGAAUCCCGAAGAUAGAUCACUAAACAUAUUUGUAAAAGAAGAAGAUGCAUUAACAUUCCACCGACACCCGGUGGCACAAAGUACAGACUGUAUUAGAGGGCGAGUGGGUUACUCCCGAGGGCUCCACUGUUGGGAAAUAGUGUGGCCGGCACGGCAACGCGGCACGCACGCGGUAGUCGGGGUGGCAACAGCGCACGCGCCGCUCCAUUCCGUCGGGUACCAGAGUUUAGUCGGCGCGACCGACCAGAGUUGGGGAUGGGAUUUGGGAAGAAAUAAAGUAUACCACAACGCGAAAGGCACGGGCGGCAGCGGCACGACGUAUCCGGCUUUAUUACGGCCAAACGAGCAGUUCCUAGUCCCGGACAGACUUCUAGUAGUUUUGGACAUGGACGAGGGCACCCUGGCCUUCUGCGCCGACGGCCGGUACUUGGGCGUGGCGGCGCGCGGCCUGCGGGGCAAGACGCUGUACCCGAUCGUGUCCGCCGUGUGGGGGCACGCCGAGAUCACGAUGAAAUACAUCGGCGGGCUCGAUCCGGAGCCGCUGCCGCUGAUGGAGCUGUGCCGGCGCGUGAUCCGGCAGCGCGUGGGGCGCGGGCGGCUGGCGGCGGCGGCGCAGCGCCUGGCGCUGCCGCCCGCGCUGGCCGCCUACCUGCUGUACCGCGCGCCCUAGCGCCGCCUGCGCGCCCACCCCGCCCGGCGAGUGCCGGACGUCGCCUAAGCCUCUGCUCGAGGAAAGACUCUUUUGUUUUGACUUCUUGAGUGAUCGCUUAGCAAACAUAGCGCCGAAAGCACUGUUAGUCCUCGUUCAAUUUAGUCAAGAUAGAUUCCGUUGCGAAAUUCCACUCUUUGACGUUUUCCUGGAGUGAUUGCUCUGCAACUUUAGCCUCGAACGAAUAGAUCGUAUUAUUGGUAAAAGGCCCCAAUUAUUAGCUGCCUUCGUUGGAUUUAGUCAAGAUAGAUUCCGUUGCAGUAUUCCACUUGUAGAGAGAAGGUAGUAUGCUGUCGACGUUGCUGAACUGUUUAUUCACAGAUCUUGUACGAAAUACUGAAAACAUGUUAUAUUUUCAUCUAAACGACACGAUUAGAUUUCUAAAUACUAAAAAUUAUACCAAGACUAUAAUGUAAUGAAAUCAGAAUGUGUUUCCGCAACCAUGAAAUAUUCAGCAGCCACCAAUAAAUAAAGCAACAUUUUUUAUUAUUAAAAAUCGAUUACGAUCUUACAUUUAUGAACUUGAUCUGGAACUCGAAUAAUUCGCGGCUAUUUUUAGUUAAUUUAAUAAUUAAAAUUGUAUUUUAAUAUGUCGACGACCACAGCCCAGCGUCAACUAUUGGCCGUUAAUAAAAGAUCAUUUGGCUUAUCGUCGCGCAAACUAACACAAAAAUGGAGGAGUGCUUAUGCUGUUUUUAAAUUCCACCGCGACCGCCUGGUUUUCGUAGCUUAGAUUUAAUUAAGAAAAAGGCAAUUUGCCGGUAGUUUAAAAAGAACCACAGUUCUGUUCCACAAGAAGUCUGUUUUGGUAUAUAUGAGGUAAUAUGCUAUUUAGGCGUACCAUAUGGCCUAGAAUGAGUUAUGCCGAUAGUUGGCGCCCGGUCCGGCGUGUCAUUUCCAAAACGAACUUUGCUAGAAAUGAAUUGUCCAAAGGAGUUUGGAUAGUCGAAAUCGAAAUUGCACCCUUGCCACAAGGUCAUCAUAAAUUUGUAAUAGACAACAAUCCAAAGACAAUAGAGAAUAUAUGAAUUUCGUGAGUCCAAUAAAACUAUUUUUUUUAUAAGAUUAGGCAUCACAAAAUAGUUGUAAGACUUUUUUGGACGUGAUUUAACUAACUACAUUACAAUGUCUUAUAGUCUAUUGGUCCAUAAAAUGAGUGCAAUAUUUAACUGCAUUGGGGGUCUUAAUAAAUGGUUAAGCGGACGGAUUGAAAGCUUUUUCUAUGACAGGCCUUACUCCAUCCGUAAGCAUGCAAAAUAUAUGUUUUAUAAUUAAAUAAUGAAUUAUAAUUAAGCUUAUUGUGAGCUUUGGAUGUUAAAGAAAAAAAAAUGUUUAUCAUUAAUUCAAAAGUAUAAACAAUUUAAUGAUUAAAUCGCUAUAUUUAGUCGAAGCCAGGUGGUGAUAGAAAUAAUUUUAUUUCAUAAUGUUAUUUUAAGUGGUAAGGGUCAUUGGUUCUACAAUCCGUCCGCCAGCCUCUUCUGCCUAUCGCGAGUACCGUGUGCAAUCACAAAUUUGUACCAUAAUAAUUCUUAGAAUUUUUUUUUUAAUUCAUGGUCCUAAGGACUGAAAUUGUUAUCGUAUAACGCUACAAGUCUGUUAUUAUUAUUACUUAAAGGCAAAUAAAGGGCGUAUUUUUUAUUGUCGUAAAAUCACGACAACUAUGGCGAUCAAUCGACUUGCUUCGGUAGGCAGAAUGCACGUGGCCAAAAAUUCUGCAACUGAUUAAUCGAAAUAAAAAGGUACUGAAAUUCAGGUUCAAUAAAAUUGUGUUAUGUUCGAGUUACAAAUAAAAGAUGUUAUUACAGGCCUCUGUCGAUAACUUUCUGAGUAAUUAGAAACUUAUGUAAGGCGCAAGUCGGAUAGAAUAGAUUUUAAAUUUAGGAGGCAUUACUAUUUAUAUACUAAGACGAAAACGCGAAAUAUAUUGACAAAUAAAAAUAUCUGUUCUGUCUAGCUUGCAGCGCCCGUAAUCGGUAUAAAGUUUAGAUGUUAUUAUUUUGACACAUUGCAAACUAUAUCAAUGACUUAUAAAAUCUUACUUUUAUUUAAAUGUUAUCUGUGAUAAUUAUACUUUAAUGACAAAUUGAAAUCAGCCCGUUUGUACUGAAUUCAAUACAUGGUUUUCUGUUUUAUUCGUGACGUCGAAAUUAUUCGAGCCUUCGCCUGGACUAUCCGACUCGAUGGUGGGCGAAUAUGGUACACUCUGUUACCGAUAUACAGUUUAUGAACGCUUUAUAUACGACACUAUUGUAAGUUAAUGUAGAAGUCGAUUGCUUAAUAAAUUUAUGUUUACACUGAUCAACUGUAAUGCAAGCCAUAUUGAUCUCUUAGAAAAUACGAUCUCUGACCUGACGCCAGUCGAAGCAGAGAAGCGUAUUUUACUUGUUAAGAAAUAUUUUAGAAGAUCGACGAAGUAAAACUCACGAGCCUCGGCAAGUUGUAAUAAUGUAACUAGAUGUCAUCGUUCUUGUAACAAUAGCGUUGCGAUCCGCUGCGGCGCGGUCGUUCACUAGGCCAGUGUAUCGUUGGCAAUCUUAAAUACUAUAUUUUAUAGUUCAUUAAGUGACUGGAUUAUAUUUUUUAGUUUAGUAUGUUUAAUUCCUAAUGUAAAAAUGUGUGCGUGUGUAAUGUAUAUAUUUAUGACUAUACGCAUUGUAUCCAAAUGAAUAUGUCACCCAGGGAUUAUGUUAGCUGUACUGUACAUGAGCCUAGCGUGUUAAAAUUUUUGAAUUAAUAUCUCCUUGUUACGUCUUCUUUUGCGAAUUUUAGACUAAUAGGUAUAAAUGCAAUAAAUUAUUGAAAAUAGUAUUUUCAAAGCACUGUACUAAUCGACUCGUCAGCCAUUUUGACCCAAAUUAGUUAUUAAUAUCUUAUCCUUAUAAAGAUGUGUAAGUACUUCCAUUUUAAUAAGAUUUUUCAUAUGUAGAUUGUACGGCAAGGUAGACAUCCCUCGAGGGCUCACUUUUGUACAAUGUUGUUAUUCACGUUUAAUCUCUGCUCUCGCGAAUAUUUUAUAAUCUCAAAUAUCGUAAUUACAAUAAGCGAAAUCAAUUUUAUACUUAAUGAGUUUAACGUGGAUACUAACAUAGUGAGAAUGACUAUUGACAAACUGCCAAACGUGUGAGAGAGUGCAAGAGAAGGACAGUGUGCCUGGCGAAGAAUGUGUGCGGGUGUUUGUGAUAUGUAUUCGAAGUGCGUUAGACGGAUAUUUACGUUGUGUAAGAGAUAUAAUCAUGAUAAUUAUUACACCAAGCUCGAUGUUGACGCGGCCCUUGGCGCUAAACCGCUCUCGGGGACCAACCGUCUCGUUUGAAACACCGGUUACUUUCUCUUUUGUAUUGUAGUUUCCUUGCCCGUUCUCAGACUAUAUCCUAGACGAGGGGGUUUACCGCAAAGGGAUGCUAUAUUAGAGAAAAAUAACCGUUCGAAUUCUAUAAACCGUCAAAUUUAGUCCUGUAUAUAAAAUAUUAUAAUUUUUUGCAGUGUCUAACGAUUAUUAUAAGUGGAAAUGCAUUUUAGUUUAAGUUUUAGGCAAUAUUUUUAAAUGGUCAUUUCUAACGGAUCACUGCGAUUGACAGUCGAAUCUCUUAGAUACAAUGAUUUAAUUAAUAAAAAAAAUAGGAAAACAAUUGGAAUAAAUAACGUUAAGAAA